AUGAGUCGUACGCCUCGAAAUGAGGAUAUUGCUCUAAUGGAUAUUAAUCCUCUGGAUAAUCGAAUCCCAACAACUGAUCAAGCCGUGCAAAGUCCACCAGGAGCAAAUUCUACCAACAGCUUUUUCUGCCGCGGUGGCUUGAUUCAGGUUUGUACCAAGACGCGUGAGAAUUGAUCACUACGCCGAACAGUUGCACAACGUGUCUUAUCACUAGAGCCCAUCACUAAGAAUAACUGCCGAGACAAACGCGAGACUCUGGCGGUACAUUGACGAGCUCGCAAACAUCUCGCUUUUUUUCUCGCGCCAGUCUCGCAUUUUUCUGGUCGCGAGCUCGCAUUCUUCUCGGCGCGACCUCGCAUUCUUCUUGCAUUUCGGAAAUUUUCAAAUUGCGAGAGAAAUGCGAGCUCGCGCCUAGAAAAGUGCAAGCUCGCGCCCAGAAAAAUGAGAGACCGGCGCGAGAAAAAAGCGAGAUUUUUGCGAGUUCGUCAAUGUACCGCCACCGACCUCGCGUUUAUCUCGUCAGUUAUUCUUAGUGAUUCCGUCCCCAUUUGUCACGUUUUUUUUUCACUUAUGAGCUACAGAUGAUUCACGGCUAGCUUGGGACGCAAAAAGGCGUGGCCUGUCUGCACUCUCCACCAACCAGGGAGGCGCCGCUAUUUCUAGACCAGGGGCGUGGCUUUGCCUCACCGUAAUCAUGUGCGGUGGCGCGCACAUGCCUACUUUUCCUCAGUCAUUUACUUUAUAUUUCCUCAUUUUUUUUUUCAUUUUCUUUUUCAUUCUUUUAAAGGAUUUACUUUGGGACGCGCAGCAUUCUUACGAAUACUGGUGUGGUACCUUUAAUGACUGAGGGUGAAAAAACUCCCUGUAAGAAAAAAAAAUUGCAACGCUAUAGCUGUUUCACAGACACGAUAAUGCACGAGACAGUGCCUGUCUCGUGGAGAGCGCAGACAGGCCACGCCCUAACUAGCCAAAUACAAACUACAUGUGUUUCACGAAAAAAUCUUGUGAUGAAUCUCGUCAGCGAGCUAAAAAAUAUUUCUCUUUCCCUCUCUUUUGAAAAACAAUUCAGUUCUUCGAAAAUAAAAAAAAAAUGACUUCGUCAAAGAAUCUUUUUUUCAGAAGGUCUCCUUCGCGUUUUUACUGAUUUUUCUGGCUUUUCUUGUUUAUGUGAUUUAUUCGGCUCGUCAGCCUACUUCGCUUCCUUUUUCGUCUUCUACGUCGCUUCCUGCGACGGAUCAAAGUACACACUCACACUCAGAAGACGACGAAUGGAUAGAAGAUGAGCCCUACAGACACAUUUGCAUUGAUCAUCAUUGGCAUGAAAUCGAAUACGGUUGCAGAAAAUACCACAACUCGACGCCUCGCUGUGAUUUGAGCGGUUCGUUUUCGAAACAUUCAAACAGUGGAUCUUCGUUUCAGCAGAAGAAGAUACACAAUUGCUGGGAGCGCUCCGAGCAUGUUGCGAGGCGGGACAAGCGUGUUGGUCCUUAGCAAUGCACAAGUACUGCUGCCAAGUGAAACCGUGUGACCAUCAUAAAUGCAGAAACCCAGUGAGUUAUCUUUCUCAGACUUUGAUCCUUGAAAGAAACCAUUUUGAAAGCAAUGAGUAAAUUUUAUUCAUUGCAGAUGCCAGCAAAUGGGACCAGUCUUGUUGCCGAGGCGAUCCUGAAGAUACACUUACAGAAGCAAGAAGACGGAGGAGAAGGGAUCUUCAGCAGAAAAAUCUUCACGCAAAAGCAGAAAAAACUGAUUGUCAAGUUGCACGAGGUUUUGAACACCAAGGACUUCACCCUGGUGCGCGAAAUCAUGGAUGACAGCACUUUGAUCAUCUACAACAACGAAGUUGUCCGAUCACCGAGUUAGUUAUAAAUCUCCUUAUUCUUUUGGCGAAGCAUUUUCACCCUUUUUAAAACAAAAUGCAAAAUUUUCAGCGAAGUUAACCAGCUUUUUGGACUUGAGCACGGUGAAAGAACAUAGAAUUCACGUUAGUUUUCCGAAAAAGUUCCAAAAGAGUCGUGAAUUUUCAGUUUUUUAUCGAUGGCGUUGAACAAUCAUCGCAACAAGAGCACGCGCCUGUCGAUUUCACAGGAUUCAUGUGCACUUACAUUCCCAUCUGCUCCGAGUUUCAAGCAACCUUCAAAUGGGUAAAGUUAUCGCACGAAUCAUCCAAAAUCAUCGACAAUUUUUGCAGAGUCCAAAGAGGAACGACUACCUCGUAAGCAAAUUCAAAAACAACAAGUCCAACGUGAAGCCGAUUAUCGACGAUUACCCAUAUUGGGGCGGAGAUGAAUAA